CAUGCACCACAACUGUUCCCUUACACGGAAGCGAGCUGCAGGAAGUCCAUGGGCUGCAUUCACCGACGCUUCUGCUGUCGUCUCGGGCAGCUCUCAGCGAUGGGAUCACUUCCCAACCUCUGAUCCAACCCCCAAAUCCCCUUUUUGCUUAAGCCAGCCGUGCUUCGGAGUCGGGUCACUUGGGAUUCUGCUGCUUUCAGACCAAAGCACUGAAGAUUCGGCCAUGGAAGACCUGGAGCCAAGUGGUCUCGACCACCAAGAAAGGGCACCUGAAAACAAGAAGCGCUACAGUGAGAUAUUCCGCAGCCUGGAUGCCAUUGAGAUCUCGAUUGGAAACGCGACAGUGGAUAUGUUCAUUGGUGACGCCGAUGGCAAUGGGGAUGCAGAGCUGCCCAUGGAAAGGGAGAUUGUUGCGCCAAGUGAAGAUCUCUCCAAAAGCAAAAGCAGCGCAGAGAGACAAAUGCAGGGAGACCUAACAGUGGAGGAGGCGGAUGAAAUGCUGAUAAAAUGCGAAGGCGGCGUCGAUGCGGCCCUGGAGUAUGCCAAAAUGUGGUGUAAAUACGUCAAGGAGCUCCUCAGCUGGAUCGAGAAACGCCUGAAUUAUGAGACAGAGUUUGCCAAGGGGAUCGUGAAGAUAGCGGAGUCGGGACGGAACACCAUCAUCCACCAGUCCAAUAUGCCUCUUCGGGCGCUCUACACGAUGGUCUUGGAGCACGAUAUCAAGAUUGGAAAUGCAGCCAGUGAGACAGUGGGGUUGCUCCAACAGAAGGAAUUCUACCAGCCUCUGUCGGCCAAGAAGAACGAGAUCGAGAAGUGGAGGAAAGAGUUCAAAGACCAGUGGACAAAGGAGCAGAAGAGGAUGAACGAAUCCCUGUCCUUGCUGCGCAAAUCCCGCCUGCAGUACAUCCAGCGCUGCGAGGAGCUGGAGAAAGCCAAGCAGCUGAGUGCCAAGGCAGAGGAUGAGUACCAGAACUCGGCCGUCAUCAGCCCCAGCAGUGCCACCAAGCAGCUGGAGAAGCGACGGCGCUCCUGCGAGGAGGCACAAGCCAAGGUUCUGGAAGCAGAAUCUUGGUACAAGAUGUGCAUCAACGAUGCCAACUUUCGGCGACAGGAACUGGAGAAGGUGCGGGCGCGGAUCGUCUCCCACGUUCGGAAGCUCAUUUACCAAGGAGAUGAGGUGCUGACACGGGUCACGUUGAGGAUGUUUAAGCAGAGGCAGACUCAGUCAGAACGGAUUCCAGUGGGAUACCAGCACCUAUCCGAGGUCUGCAAGCCAUACAGAGUGGGUGAGAAAUACCUGGAGUUCAUCCAGGCUCUGCAGAAGAAAGACAUUCCCAUGGAGCAUUUUGAGUUCGAGCCGCUCUCUUCUGGAGGACAGAGGUCUCCUCCCAGCAAUAAAAAGAAGACACCACUGCACUAUACGGGAUGCAGCAAGGAUGGGAGCACCCCAGAGGAUACACCCAGAAGGCAGAUCUCCCCAAAUGGUGAAUAGAGUGUGAACAAAUCCCUCUGCAGCGACACGGAGAGCCUCGGUGGGAGCUGUGAGUCACGAUCCCUGGAUUCUCCCAGCUCCAGUCCAGGAAACUCCACCAGGAAACUACUGAAAGCUUCGUCUACGGGCACCAUGUCCUCCUCGGAUGACUUUGAAGAGAGAGAUUCAUUGCAAACUUCUGAAAAUGAAAAUGGCACAUCCCAGCAGCAGAUCAGGAAUGCUCUCCUCUCCAGUGCAGCACAGACCCACCGACUCAGGAAACUGCGGGGACCAACCAAGUGCAGGGAGUGUGACACUUUCAUGGUCAACGGCUUCGAGUGCGAGGAGGUGAGAGCUGUCAUCGCACGCACCUCGUGUGGCACCGUGGACUGCAUGAGCUUCCCCUCAGAUCCCAUCCAGAGCAUGAAAGACUUGCUGAGCAAAUUGCCAGGGAGCAACUACAACACUCUGCGUCAUCUCAUCGCACACCUGUACAGGGUGGCAGAGAGAUAUGAAGAGAACAAGAUGUCCCCAAACAACCUGGGCAUCGUGUUUGGCCCCACUCUGAUCCGGCCGGGCUCGGGGAGCGACGUCUCCAUGUCCUGCCUUGUUGACUCCGGGUACCAAGCCCAAAUCGUGGAGUUUCUCAUCCAAAACUACGAAAGGGUGUUUGGGAUGGAGGACCUGCCCUCAUCCUUAUCCCUCGGGUGUGAAAACCCUUUGCAAGAAGCGCCGACAGAGAAGGAUGAAGGACACCAGAGCCAAAACACAGCCCAGAAUGUAACUCUAGAGAAUCCCUCCUCCAAGCACAGCUGCAGUGUGGACGAUGCAUCCGAUAUCUCAUCUUCCGGAGAGGCCAUCGAUGGGUUCGUGUUGGAGAGCGCCCAGAGCUCCGAGGCUGGAGAGGUGAACGUUGGCUCUGAGCUGGAGGACCUGGAGGAGAAGGCGGGCAGUGAUUCAGAGCCGGUCUUUGGGACGCAGCCACGGGGCCAUUUCAGCCGUCAGCCCGUGAAAUACGCCCGAGCGCAGCCGAAAGCACGACCACACAUCCCCAAACCUUCCAGCUUGCCCUUGAGAGCUACCACAUCACCCAGCAUGGCAACAGACUCUGGGGCAGAAGGCAGCCCCACUGACAGCACCUGUAUAGGGAAGGAGACUGUGGAAGAGAGGACGAGGAGCAGGAACAGCUCUCCGGAUAUGAGCGCCCUCAGGCAUCGAGGGAAACAGCUCAAACAUUUCCAGAUCACCGAGGAAACAGCCAGGAUCAUCUCCAAGUUUAAAGCUGAUGAGGUUUCGGCAUCCUCAGAGCUCUCUUCGGGUGAGAAAGCGGUGAAAUUCGGCCCGGAGAUAAUCCCAGAGAAAAUCCUGUAAGGUUAACAGCUGGAAGUAGAGGAGAGGACUGCAGUCCCACUGAGAUGCUGCUGCGGAAAGGGAUAAGUAAAGAGAUGUGGGGUGAGAACAGCAUCCCACAUCUGUUCGUGCAGCGCAGGGCGGAGGUAAAGCAUUUCCUUGGGUUGAGCUGGCAGACUUCGAGUGAGCCCAGGGUUUCCUCUUUGGUUGAAAAAUCCAACUCAAACCCAACGCAACGUCCCCAAGAAGCACAACAGGGGCGAAGGAAACACGGAUGGUCCGGGUAGAAUCAUGGGAUCACGAAGCUUGGGAAAGACCACUGAGGUCAUCCAGGCUGACCAUUUUGCUCCAGAUGUUGCUGGAGUUUCCACUGCUUCAUCAGCAUGAAGCCACGUGUAGAUACAUUGCCAGACAAAGUGUAAGAGCUGCCACACAGCUCCCAUUUCCCCCAACUAUUCAACUCUAUUGCCCUUAAAUCUUCAACCUCCGCACUACUUAAGAUGCUGGCGUUGUCACGAAGGAGAGGAACCCAUGGUGGAUGAGAGGGUUCUCUUCACCCUACAACACCCUACAAGAGGGGCAUACCGACUUGCUGGGUCUCCAUCCCACCUGCACGGGGAUCACCCCAAUUUCUGCCUCCCUGAAGCAGGUUUCUGCACAGAAAUAGGAACUCGGUCCUACAGUGCCAUCUCGUGACACACACAUGCACGUAGGAGAGUCUUCCUACGCCGUUCCUGGGGAUAACUGUGCACUGUGGGAUGGUGUUACUGUCAAAGGCAGAGGAAACCUGCUUGAAAUUUGGGCAGCAAAAUGCUGCACGAGGGCUGUUGGCAGUGAUUGUUGGCUGCAAGACAUGGGGAGAGGAGAGGAGUGGAGGUGCCAACCCAAAGGGAAACCUUCCACGUUACCAACCCAAAGGGAAACAUUUUGCUCUCCCAACCCAAAGGGAAACCUUCCACAUUGCCCAACCAAAGGGAAACCUUUCGGUCUUCCAACCCAAAAAGAGAAACCUUCCACUCUCCCAACCCAAGAAGGAACAACCUUUUGCUCUCCGAAUCCAAAGGGAAACCUUCCACGUUGCCAACCCAAAGGGAAAUCUUCCAUGUUGACGACCCAAAGAGAAACCUUUGGCUCUCCCAACCUUUGGCUCUCCCAACCCAAAGAGAAACCUUUGGCUCUCCCAACCCAAGAGGGAAAACUUUCUGCUCUCUCAACCAGCCGAAGAGGUUCAACAACCCAACUCCUCUCUCACCUCAUCAGCAGACACCAUUUCAGUCCUUUUUCUUAACAAAGCUGUAAAGAGAAACGCUGAUGAUCUCUUGGUCCUAUUUGUACAGUUCGGGUUAUCAGAGUUUGCAUCUCUGGAGCGAUGUACAUUUGUGAAUAUAUUGCUUUGAAUACUAAGUUAUCAUCGACUGUAGAGCUUCUAUAAUAAAUUACUGGGUGUUUUAUUACAA